AUGCCUAAGACGCUGACAGGAAAGGAGAUUGAAAUUGACAUUGAACCCACAGACAAGGUGGAGCGAAUCAAGGAGCGUGUGGAGGAGAAAGAGGGAAUUCCCCCACAGCAACAGCGACUCAUCUACAGUGGCAAACAGAUGAAUGAUGAGAAGACAGCUGCUGAUUACAAGAUCCUAGGCGGUUCAGUCCUCCAUCUAGUAUUGGCUCUGAGAGGAGGAGGAGGUGGCCUUAGGCAGUGA